AUGGGUUUGGAUCCUCUCGAGCAUCGCAACACGGUCGACCCGCUCGCGGAGCCAAACAUGGAAAUCGUAAACAACAGCGUGAACGAAUCCUACCCCUCUUCGCCGAGGCAUUCCGGCAGCCGAGAGAAUUCCGCCGACCGCCCGAGAGGAGGGUCUCCAGAUUCUUCUGGGUCUUUCGAAUUCACCAACAAAGGCGGGGAUUCCGACCGCGAUUCUUCUCAAGGCGCGGAUUCCUCCCAAGGCCAAUCCAAUCCAGGGUCGAAAAACUACAAAGAAUACGUCGGGAGACAUUUGACUUCGGAACUUUUAUUCUCGGCGUCGAUUGGGAAUUUGAAAAGAAUUAAACGGUGCUUAGAAAAAGCGGGGAAAAGCAUCACGUCGGAACCGUACCAAGAUUAUGAUUUAAGAGCACCUUUACACAUCGCGUGCGCGGACGGAUCGUUCGCGAUCGUGGAUUAUUUAGUAAAGAAUGGGGUGGCGAUUAACGCCGUCGAUCGAUGGGGAGCGACGCCGUUGGAGUGCGCGGUGUUUGGGAACCACGGAGAAAUUGUAAAGUACAUAGAACAAAACGGGGGGAAGAUUAAAGAUAGAUUGACGGGUACUUUAGUGAAGCUAUCGGACAGUCACUUGUCUUCGGUCGCUGCGCCACAGUUGGCGAAUUCGUCGAACAUUUUCUUGCCGCAAGACGCCAUGGCGUGGGAGAUACCGGAGGAGGAAAUCGUGGAUAAGGAAAAUAUCGGGUCCGGGGCGUUUGGGAUCGUCAUGAAGUGUAAAUGGAGAGGAACGCCGGUUGCGAUUAAACAAAUUCACAAGCAUAUGGCAGAGGACGAGAUCGCGAGAGUUGAGUUCUCGUUGGAGUUGAAGGUCAUGCGUCAGUUGCACCAUCCAAACAUCGUCCAAUUUUUAGGCGUCAUGAUUUCGAGCGAAACGAGUCAAGUGUCCAUCGUUUCCGAGUUCAUGCAAGGAGGGAGUUUAGACCACUUAUUUCGUUCCGGGAAGUUACUUUCUUUGUGCGAAGCGGCAAACAUGGCGUUAGAUUGUGCGAGAGGGAUGGCGUACUUACACGGUCGCGUGCCGUUACCGGUGAUUCAUCGAGACUUGAAACCGGGAAAUUUGAUGUUGACGAGAACCGGACGUUUGAAAAUAGGCGAUUUCGGUUUGUCGAAAACUUUAUCCGUGCGAAACAAGAUUCCAAACUCGACGGUUUCUCAAGAACCGUUCGUUUUGACCGGCGAAACGGGCAGUUAUCGAUACAUGGCGCCGGAGGUUUUCCGACACGAAUUCUACGGCACCGCCGUGGAUGUCUACGCCGCCUCCAUGAUUUUCUACCAACUCUUCUCCGGUCAACAACCGUUCUCGAACGUCAAUCCCAUCCACGCGGCGCGAGCAGUCGCUACCCAAGACACUCGUCCACCGUUGCAUAACGGGUUAAUGCCAAAAGAAUUUAUGACGUUGGUGAGAAACAUGUGGAACCCGAUCGAUAAGAAAAGGCCGACGUUUUUCAACGUCAUCUCUUACCUCGACCCGAUCGUCGAGAAGUUGAGAGAGGAAGCCGAUAAUAAGAAGAAUAACGCAGGGUGCGGGUGUGUCAUAUCUUAA